AUGGGCCGGGAACUUAUCGUCGGGAAGGCAAGGGAGGAGGAGGAGGCCGCCGCCGCCGGCCGGGAGCGAGAGCUGGUGUCGGCCGACGGCCGGAACCGAAAGGCGGUGCUGUGCCAGCGCUGCGGCUCCCGCGUCUUGUUACCCGGCGCCGCCCUCUUCUCCCAGCGACAGCUCUUCCUUCCUUCCAUGAGGAAGAAGCCAGCUCUCGUAGACGGUAGCGACCCAGACGGAGACCUCCUCCAGGAUCACUGGCUCGUAGAUGACAUGUUCUCCUUCGAGAACGUGGGCUUCACCAAGGACGUGGGAAACAUCAAGUUUCUGGUCUGUGCGGACUGUGAAAUCGGACCCAUCGGGUGGCACUGCCUGGAUGACAAGAAGAGCUUCUAUGUGGCCUUGGAGAGGGUUUCCCAUGAGUAACACAAGGGAUCCUUCACCUUUCUCUCCCCUGAGACCAGCCCAACCUAACCCAUGCUUGACCUCCUGUUUUUCUCCCCGUGUUAAUGGUAAAAUUGUGAAUCCCGCCAUUAUGCGACCACCCGAAGGAUUUGUCCUAAUCUGCUUCCUUAAAGCUUCGUGAAUGUAUCUUUCCAUCUCCUGUGAAA